AUGCAGACAGACUGAUGACAAAAGGUCCAAAUAAAAUUAUUUUCGAGCUUUCAGAUUUAACAUUUUUACACAGGAAAAAAAUAAAAUCAGCCAAGCUUGAUAAUUUGAGUCAGAGAGGAGGAGUCUUUGGUGAUAAGCCAGACAUUGUUAAAGGGUCAGAGAAAGCCAAUAACCGGUCAAUGGUGUCUUUACAUGAGUUAUCAGAAUUCUCAGAGAUCGCCAGAUAUAAGGGAGAUAUUGUUUACGUCAAAGAAAUUUCCACAAAAGGUUUUGAAGUUUCAGGGAAAAUGUUGGCACAGUUUAGAACUCUUCGUGAAAUUAGACACGAAAAUGUGAAUCCGAUGUAUGGUAUUCUUAUAGAUCCAACAUGUUAUGCUGUUGUUUCCGAAUAUUGUAACAGGGGAAGCUUACAGGAUGUGAUAAAAAGUGCCAACAUAAAACUAGACUGGGAUUUUAAAGUAUCAUUGUUGACAGAUUUAGUAAGGGGAUUAAGAUUUAUUCAAAAUAGUGCUGUACGAUAUCAUGGUAACUUGAAAUCUAGGAACUGUGUAAUCGAUAGUAGAUGGGUGCUAAAAUUAACAGAUUUUGGAUUAAAAGAAAAGUUUAGAGCAAAUAUCGAACCGGAGUUGGCAGAUCUUCUUUGGACAGCACCGGAACAUCUAAGAGAACCAGGCUUUUGUAUGAAAGGCUCUGAAAAAGGCGAUAUGUAUAGUUUUGCUAUAGUAACUCAGGAAUUAAUACUUAGAAUGAGUCCAUUUGGAAUGGUAGAUUUGAAACGAGAAGAAAUAAUAAAGAAACUGAAGAAACCUCCACCUUUACUGCGACCAUCCGUAUCACCACAGGCAGCACCGCCACAAUAUAUACAGUUGAUGAAAUCUUGCUGGGCAGAAAAUCCAGAUCUCAGGCCUUCCAUUGAAGAAGUUUACCAUCAAUACAAAACCAUCUCAGGGGGAAAAAAGCUCAACAUCGUGGAUUCUAUGUUCCGAAUGCUAGAGAAAUAUUCAAAUGAUUUGGAAGACAUAGUGAAAGAAAGAACACUGGAACUUGAAGAAGAGAAAAAGAAAACAGACCUUCUUUUAUUCCGAAUGUUACCACCAACCGUCGCUGAAAGUCUGAAGACAGGCAGGUCAGUAGAAGCUGAAAUGUUUACAGAAUGCACAAUUUACUUUAGUGAUAUAGUUGGAUUUACGACAAUCUCUGCCAUGAGUAACCCAUUGCAAGUGGUAACUCUAUUGAAUGAUCUAUACACCAUGUUUGACUCUACUAUAGACAACUAUGAUGUGUAUAAGGUUGAAACUAUUGGUGAUGCGUAUAUGGUUGCUAGCGGACUUCCGAUUCCGAAUGGUAACAGACAUGCUGGGGAGAUUGGAACAAUGGCUUUAGAUCUUCUAAGCCAAUGUGGAAAAUUUACCAUUCGACAUAUGCCGGAAGUACCACUGAGACUGCGUAUAGGAUUGCAUUCAGGUCCAUGUGUAGCGGGAGUGGUAGGCCUUACCAUGCCGAGGUAUUGCCUUUUUGGUGAUACAGUGAACACAGCAUCUAGAAUGGAGUCGACCGGUGCAGCUUUUAGGAUCCAUAUUAGUCAUACAACGAAAGUGAAGCUUGAUGAACUAGGUAGUUAUAAAAUGUCUUACAGAGGAGAAGUCGAAUUAAAGGGAAAAGGACUGGCCAAGACAUUUUGGUUGAUAGGGAAAGAUGGCUUUAACAAACCUCUACCAGAACCGCCUCCGUUGGACAGGUAG